AUGUCGCUAGUCGUUAGUCUUCCGCCCCGUGUCGUCUGGACAAUCGCUUACCGCAGCAGAGUCGGUUCUCGCAGGGAAUUUUCAAGUAAGGUCGAUCGGAACGAGACGAUGCAUCGCAGUACUGAUCAAGAUAGUGGCGUCUUCCGCCGAAACUAUGUCUUCCUAUCCACCGUGUUCGCCGGAGCUUUCGCGUUUGAGAUGGCUUUCGACACUGGCACAGAUCUGGUUUGGAACUCAAUAAACAAAGGCAGACAAUGGAGGGACAUCAAGCACCGAUACAUGACCCAGGAGGAAGAUGAAGAAUAA